CAGGUGUUAUUUUUUGCUUAUUUACGUGUGUCAACUGCUUGAAAACUUCAAAUUUGGAAAAUGGUUUAAUUAUAUAGUAUUUUAAUGGUUUACAUUUUGGUGACAUGCAAUAGGUCGGACACGGGAUUGUUCCUAGACGUAGUCAUGAGUUAUGAAUGAUUGCCUGUAGUACAGUGAUAUUUUUUAUUGCUUGUUUUUCAUAAACUAAAAAUACCUUAUAAGGGCAGAUGGCGGGCGUAGUGCCUGUAUCCACCAAACCACCCGGUCGGAAACAGUGGACAUUACAUGGUAAACGAAUACCUAUGUUACGGGUUGUGUAAAGUAGUUGGUGUGGCUCGGACGUUGUUUCAUGCGGAACCAAUGCUUGGAUGUCGAAGCCCUUCAGUAAUAAUUGGUGUGCGGGGUCUUAACCCUUUUCUUGGGUGAUGAAACGAAUUUCGCCUAAAACAAUGAAUUGUUUAGACGGCCCACGGGGCUCCUUGCGGAGACUGCGGAGUCAGCUCGCGGAGGACGGCUGCCCGGAGUCACAAGUGGUGCUGGCCAAGCAACUGUUGGAGGAGCAAUGCGAAUUGGAUGGAGACCGUCAGGAGAAUGCUCGGCUUGGAGUGUAUUGGCUCAUCAAAGCUUCCGAGCAAGGCAAUGUCGAAGCAACCAGCAUUCUGAAGCAGUGCCUGGAAACAGGACAAGGAAUAAGUGAACACAACUACCUGGAUGUAAAGAUGUGCUUGAACAUGUCUCAAGAUGAGAAGCUGGCACGCAGGGCUGCUAGAGAGAUGUUUUCAAGCCUGUCGGCGGGCCAGGACUACAUAACCACGGACCAGCUGGAGCGACAGAUUCGCCUGAGCGAGAGAAGCAAAUUGGAGGUCGGUCGCCGGUCUCGGGCUCAGUUGAAGUCUAGCGAACCCUUGGGUGAUGCAGUCGAGGAUGAACUAGCUUCCGCAGAUGCGGACGACAUUUGCGAGGAGGAGGCACCUGAAGUGUGGACCCUGCGAGGGGAGUACUCGGGAGAGAAGCUGACAGAGGACCACCUGGUGUCGGCGGCGGUGAGCUACGCCCAUGGCGAGCUGCCUCUGGUGCACAGAGUGCUGGCGCUCUCCGGCACGAGCCGGCAAGAGGCACAUUUCCUCCAGAGGCUCCUGCUGCAUCCUGUUGCCUCCUUCCAGGCCGCCUUUUGGGACCUGGUGGCAGGCGUGGCCAGGCGCGGCACGCCCUUCCUCUCCUCCCUCGGCCCCAUCACCCGGUCCCACCUGCACACCCUCCUGCUGCUACUCGUGUACUCGCUCUUGGGUGCCGACAGCAUCAUCCUCCUCCUGCCCAUGGUGCUGUACCACGCCUCCUUCUGCGUGAUGGUGGUCGCGACGCUCCAGAUCCUCCACAGGCGGCACGAGUUCCAGGACUUCCGGGUGUGGUCGCGCCUCUUCCUCGGCUACAGCGGCGGUGGCCUCAACCCCGACGAGGCAGAGUUCCAGUACUGCCGCAGCAGCCUCAAGCCCUACGGCCACUUCUUCCUCGCGCUGCUGGCGAACCUCGUCCUGUACCCGCUGGUCGCCCCUCGCUGGACGCCGCAGUCCGAGUUCACCGUCGUGGCAUUCCUGCUCACCUUCCUCACUCUGUACGCCUUCAUGGACCGCCGCUGGCCACCUGACUUCCUGGCCCUCUUCUCCUUCGCCGUCCACGUCCUGGCCAAGUACCCCUACGAGAGCGACGCCGUGGUGCGGCAGGGCUGGCGCUUCCUGGACGUGCGUGCGCCCACGCUCGCCUCCUACGUGGUGGGCAACGGGGUCGAGUUCUGCCUCAACUUCCGCGCCGUCUUCUACCUGGUGAUCCCCGCGGUGCUGGUGCGCAUGGCGGCCCGCGACGGCUGGCGCGGCAUCUACAAGACCCUCGUCCCGCACUGCGUCACCCUGUCGUGGUGGCAGCUGGCCGUCAUACUGUCGCAGGGGGCGACGUGGUACGGGCUGGUGCGCGGGGCUCUGGCGCUGGUGGGGCUGGUGUUCUUCCUCCCGCUCGCCGGCCUGGCCACCCUGCUGCUGCCCGGGGCCGCCGUCCUCAAGUAUCUGUUGGAUUCCAAGAUGGUGGUCCUGGCGGUGGUGGCAACCGUGGUGGCUGCGGUGCCGGUACUGCUCACGUGGUACGCGGACGUGCAGAGGCGGCGGCGGCGACGCGGGGCGCACUUCCUCGACCGGCUGACAACUUUGAUCCAGGUGGCAUUUGCGGUGCUGGCGGCCCUGUUCCUGGCCCAGUCGCUGGCGCGGGACCUGGGCGCAGAGGCGGGACCUGACUACCAGCAGCCGGGGGCGACCGCCCUCGGCUGGGAGCAGUACCAGAACCACUGCCACCAGCCGGCGUGGGAGCAGGCGUCGAUGGGCGCCGCGCAGGUCCGCUGCGCCCACCUGGCGGGCGUGCAGGUCGCCUGGGAGGGCUACGUGGCGGACGUGCGCGUGGGCAGUGUGCGCAACACGCUGGAGGCCGUGCUGUCACGGCUGCCCGGCGCCGUGCGGGACGCGCUGGUGUGCUGGUUCGGGGAGGAGUACCGCCGCGACUGCCUCGUGGGCGACUCCUGCCGUGUGGCAGAGAGGCUGAAGCUGCAGCACGCCCGCUGCCACCUGGAGGCCUGGAACAGGUACGAGUUCGAGAUAGCGGUGAAGAUGAAGUCUGGCAUGUGGGGGUCGGGCGCGGUGGUGACGCUGGUCGCGGACGACUCGUUCCGCAACUUCACGCUGGCGCUGCGCACCGGGGACCGGGUGUGGUUCUCGGGGGCGCUGUUCAGCGGGGCCGCGCCGGAGGCACUCCUGGGGGGCCCCAAGCCCCGGGUCCAGCUGGACGAGAUCGGCUGCCUGGGAUGCCACGGCGGCGAGCUGCCGAUACACAAGAGGAAGCCUGCCUCGACGGGGACGACCACGCUCGCGGGGUACCUCUACGCGGGGCUCAAGUCUGUCCUCAACUUCAUGUUCAACCCUCUGGUGAUAUUCAGGUAGACUGGUCAUGUGCUCUAACCAACACUUAACUUUGUGAUAAGUGCGUUGUUUGAUAUACAUUUUUGGGACACCAAAGGAGUGUCAUCAUGACUGAACAAGGUAUUUAAAGCAUUUUAUUUAAAAAUAAAAUAAUUUUGAUUAUUAGGGUGUCUACUAAUAUAAAAAUAGGGGAAUCCUUGAGGAGAAGAAAAAGUGCAUUUAUAGAAAAAAUACAAGUUUUUGUGGUAUUUCUGAGAAAGAAUAAUAGUUUCUUGCAAACUAAGAUUCCUCAUCAAUUUAAGAGUUGAGUGCAAACCAUUAAUUAUCAGACAUGAACUAUUUAAAAAAAGAAAUGAAACUAAUUAAUCAUAAUCAGUGUACUAUUCAAAUCUUUAUCCUGGGAAAAAGAUUAAUAACUUAGUUCAUGGCUGGACACCCUGAUUAUGUUUGUAGUAAUUGUGUUGCAUUGCACAUUCUAAUAAAACAAUGUGCCUUACAUGUUACUUAUGAUCUAGUAAAAUAAUUUAUUCUGUGAAUGUCACCUUUUAGGCACUGAUGUUUUUGUUCCUUUAGAUGUAUUUUUUAUUGUUAAAUCCAGGCAUGUUUGUUGUGAUCAUUAAACUACAAUAUUCAUGUA